GUCAUAACUAGCAGACUUUUUAACUAAAUGGUUUGGUAAAGUUGUUACACUGUUGUUCCGAUUUUCUGUGUACUUGCAUCUUUCCUCUCGACGGAGCUGCAUGAUUGAAGAUCAAGGCGCAAGGAAGGAGCGUCAAAGAAGUGAAGGAACUUAAAGUGCUUUUACUGCAUGUGUUUUAGUGCAACUAUAUUUUCUUCUAAGUUCCUUGCAUUGUAAAAGAGCGUCUCAACAUGAGCACCGUUUCACCAGCUUCUCUCGAAGAAAUAUGCCUGAGCUUUAUCAGUGCUAAUAUUGAAGAUUUAUGCCACAAGGAUGUUCAAGGUGUCCAGUACGGCGAGGUUUCUUGUCAAAAACUUAGUUUCAUUGCUCCGUUAUUUCUCCACGAACACCUGGCAGACAAUAUUAUGAGAUGUCUCUCACGUGAUAGAAACCUGACAGAUAGGACUGCAUCUUUAUUUGUUGAUCCGCACAGAUGUAGAAUGAAACAUUUCAAUCUCAGGAAAUGUCAGCUGAGUUUUCCAGUGCUGAAACUACUUGCUGGAAAACACAAAGUUGAAAAACUAGACUUAUCUGGAACAAAAACGUUCUCCUCUUUUUUGUUUUUUCAACUGCUGAAUGGAAUGUCAUCGACAGUAAGGGAGUUAAAUUUGAGCUGCACAUCAUUUGUCUUGGACUUUGCUGCCAUGAAGCCACUGAACUGUUUGACACAUUUGGAUGUGAGCCAUUGCACUCCUAUAAAUGACCACUUGAUGUCGGUUGCUGCACAGAAUAUGGAUUGUUUGCAACACAUUAAUAUCUCUAACACUGCAAUAAGACAUGUCUCUUCAUUCGGGAAACUAAGAGGUCAACUAAAAACAUUAAUCGCUUUUAACACACCAAUAUCAUGGACAAACCCUGCUGAGUUCAAGGACUUUACAUUAUUACAGAAGCUUGAUAUUUCAAGAAGUUCUGAUAAUGAUUUGCACCACGAUGGGAUGAUGGAGUCUAUAAAAUAUGACGAAAUGCUUACAGACCAAUGUAUGAUGCCAAACCUGGUCUCUCUGGAUGUUUCAGGUGUUUUCACAGUAACAGCAGGUGCUUUGCAGUCAUUUCUUCGUUCUCAUCCUAAACUUGAGUUCCUAGGCCUUUGUUUGAUGUCACAGAAUUUACAAGAACAACUGGAAAGAAUUUCUCCUCUUAUUAAGGUAGAAUUAUCACAAUAAUAUAAUAAACUAAUGAUAUGAAACAGUGAAAAACUGUUCUUGUUUUCAACCAGAAUGGUGAAAAUCUUCAAAGUUUGUUGGAGAUGUUUCCAAUUUUCAUGAAAUACCUUUAGAAUUCCAUAUUGUUGAGGGACUUGAUGUGAAGUCUAUACUCAAACCUAGUGGCCCAUCUUGCUGCAGCUCAUCCUGGUUUACUUCACAUGAAGCAACUUAGAGGGUUACUGUACUCCCUCCUUGGACAGGAUUCCAGUCAGUCACAAGAUUACCCCCAACAAUCAUCAGGUUCUUUUGAUAAGUGUUGUACCAGAGUUUUUUUUAGUCACAUUACACUCAUGUGCAGUAAGAAUUUAUUUUGCAGCUAACAUAAAGGAUAUGUGACUUGGCUGCAUAAUACUUAGUGUAAUUUUCUGAAAUCUUUUCAUCCAUCAACUGCUCUUUAUAAGCUUUUCCUUAUACUACUUACAUCAUAAAAGUCAACAUUCGAGUUAAAUGUGGCUUAUCUUUCAUCAGAUUACAGGUGAAGCUACUGAGAAACAGAUCCUUUCUUCAUUACAAAUGUACCCAGACAGAGCUGAUUACAUGAGAGAAGCUCUGCGUGGAUUGUUUCGCAUCAGCAAUGAUUGGACAACAAGAAAACCACAAGUUCUAGAGGUACACAAUGAAAUGGCUUAUUUAAUUAACUUAAGGUUCUUUAGGGUCCUUUGAGCUCCAAGAGUAAUCAUCAUAUACAGAAAAAAUUUUCAACCUAUACUUAUUUUGAACUGCUGUAAUUCUGAUUUAUGAUUGCAGCAAUGUAGAAAUUUAACCUCACAGACUUAACAACUGCAAGCAGGUUUUUCAUUUAGUUUAGAAAUUGCAAAAUUAGCUACUUGCAGUGCAGAAUUCUCCAACUACAGUUCAAAGGCCUGAGGAAUUUUGUUUUCAUUUCCUAUAUAUAGCUACUACUGCAUUUUCUCAUGAAAAUUAACCCUGCAGAUGUGAAAAAAAUUCAUUUGAGAAUGUUGUCUCUUAAAUUUUUCUUUGUCAAAGGGGAACUCUUACCUACAUGAUAUUGCUUUGAAAGUCUUAGGAUUUAAAAUUAGUUUAAUUCUUUUUAAUCGCAUUUGCACAGCUUGUCCUUACUCCACUAGAAAAACAUCCAGGUGAUUUCAAUGUUCAAGUGGCUGCUACGUAAGUUAAAUAUUCACAAAGAUUCUCAAGUAGUUACAAUAAUCAUUCAAAGUGAAACAAUUUCGUUUAUUAAAAUAAAAAAUUUUCUAAAAAUUUUGAUUAUCUUCAAAUCAAAUUUUUGAUUUUAGAAUGAAUGUUCUUUUGAAUUCAGAACUUGUGUAGGUAACAUUAUCAGAGAAAGAGGAGGAGAGGCAGACCCACAAGUGCAUCCUCAUUUCUUGAGGUAAUAAAACUUAUUAUCACAUAAACUGCAGUGUUAUACAGGGAUUUCCGGCUCUAAGAAAAGCCGUAACAACACUCAUGAAAAAAUAUUGUAUUUUUUCAUGUGUGUUGAUAUAGCCAAUCAGUUGCUAACAUGUCACUUGCCUUUGGUGCCACUAGGUCAGGUUGAUAAAUGAACAGCAAAUUAAAGGCUUAAUGAUUCCCAAUACAGGUUGGUUUUUGGGGCUUUCUUGAAUUAUGGCGGCUAAAACACAAAAAAAUCUAUUUCGCUGAAAGACUGUAGGGUUCAAACUUGCUUAGAAGGGAAAGGAAACCAAUAUACUGAGCUAUCGAGUCAAACACUUGAAGAGAAAUUCCAUAUUUACGCAUGCCCAUGUAUUUUUCUCUGUUUACUGGAUAUGUGAUUAAAUGUGGUUAAAACACUUCCAAAACAGUAUUCGAGGGCUGGUAUUGUUGUGUAACAGAAGAUAGCAGUAGCUAAUAUUCUGAGCAACCAGGUGGUCACCAUGGCAAUCAAGCCACAGCCCUCCUUUAGGCACCUGUUAACACAACACAAGAAAAACAGUAUGUGAAAUGGUUACCUACUCAAAAUGUGGAAGUUAAGGUGGGGUGGGGAGUGCAAAACCUCCAUGUCUCCCUCCAUGCCCUCCUCCCUUCCACAUAUUUGUUAAACCACUGACUUAUCAAUUAAGGUAGAGAGGAAGUAAUUUUCACUUUAAAUUAAUUACUUGAUUUCUUAAAAGUGAAUAACUAGUCAGAAUCUUUUUAAAGUUAACAUGCAAUUGUGCAAGUUAUGCCCUUAACUUGCUUACUCUGAUGACAGAAUGAGUCAACAUGAUUAUUUUUAGUUAUUUUCUGUUUGAUUUUUCAGUAAAGUUGCAUCUUUGGUUCUAUCAGCAAUGAGAACCUUUCCAGAAAAUUAUUCGGUAAGAAAAGCAUCUGGUAAGAAUUCAUUUUAUUUAUAACAAAUGAAUCAAGACAAACAGUUAAGUAAUCUAUCAUCAAAAACUCUCUAUUACGUUUUGAUUCUGCUUGAUCUUAAUUAUGACAAAAUAACAAGAACAAUGAAACAUCAGAAAAUGGUCAGAGAAGAAUUAAUGUAUUUAAUGACUGAGCACAAGGAACAGACAGGAAAUUGUUACACAGCCUCAUGCCAAUAUUUUCCAGGUCUGCCUAAUCUAACUCAAUCACUCAGUGUUUGUCAUGAGCACUGCCCCUUUUUCUUUCUUUCCAUAGCUUUUGCAGAAUUGUAUGUCAAUUUUGGGGUCAAAACAAGUUGUCAGAAAAGCAGUAAGUAGAAAUGAUUCAAAUAUUGUAAAUUAUCUCCAGUGCGUUGAAGGAAUAUUGGCUCUACGAUAUGGGCUGAAAAUUUAGGGCAGUAACUGUCAUGAGAUGUAUGUUGCCAAAUAGAGUUGGAAACCAAUAACUUGAUAUUUACUUUGCAGACAUUCAACUACUUUGAAGCAUCAUGCUUGACUAUGGAUGCCCUGUGCAAUUUCCAUGGUAACCAGGAUAUUUCUCAGCUGGCUACACAGCUAUGUGCAAUAUUGUGUCUUAAGGUAUCACGGUACCUAUCAUUUCCCCUUGAAUUAGUACCUGCAGACAUUUUGAAUAAUAAGUGCUUCUUCUGCAUGAAUAUACACUUCCUCUUCCCUCCCCCACUCUCUCUUUUCUCUCUCUCUCUCUCUAAGUUCUUUCUUUUUAUUGUUAAGUUUCCUUGUUUACUCAAUCAGUUAACUCUUUCAUUCUCAGAAGUGAUCAUCAUAUAACUUCUUCCUAUAAUAUCCAUACAUUACCCAGCAAACAGAUGACGAGAGUAUUCAAACUUAUCUGGUAGAAGUUAUUUAUAUUGAUCUAACACCAAAUUCCUGCAUCUAAUUUACAAGGAAAUGUGUAGCAGCCAAAGGGGAGAAUUAACAAUCAUAUCUUUCAGUCUGCAAAGAUAUGCAUGUCUGGACAAUUAUUUUAAUUACUAAAACUAUUCACUUGAGUGGUUCCCUGCUGUAAUUUGAAGUAAUUAUCUGGGUUACUAAUUAAAGCUUUUCUAAUUCCACAAUUGUGCAGUUGACUGAGAGAGAAGCACUUGCUCUUGGCUCAGAGAAAAACAUUAUGGUAAGAGAUGUAACACAUUAAUCAAUAAAAAUCAACUCUAAAUUCAUUUAAUUAGCAAUUGUUAUUAAUCAAAGCAGCAUUUUUUGGCAUGAUGAUCAGGUAUUUAAAUAUCUCAAGUUGUGGUCGAUUAAAUAUGUCUUUCAAUAUAUGAACUAUGUCUUUACUAAUCAAUUCAUUUUAAAAAUGCAGACCAUGAUUAAUGUUAUUCAAGAAAAGAUCAGUGCAAGUCAGGUAUGGAUCAGAUAGAAUCAACAAAUGAUUUUAUACUAAAUUUUUAAUGGAGUGAGCAGAUUAAAGAAAGGUUAGGUUAGGCCUUGUGUGCUGGGUCAUUGCCAUUAUGCUUUAUAUGAUAUUUUUGAGUUACCUUUGAGCAGAAUUAUUUUUCAGUAUAAGAGAUAUGAUCAUUAAAAUAAAGAAAUACAAAGCCAGCACAUUUUCUAGAAAUAGAAAACAUGGGAAAGCCAAGACUAAUAAAGUUAAACAUUUUUUAAAGGUUCCUCUGACUAUCUAUUCAAAUUAGCUGCUUUCAUUAUAAUAAUAAAUUUCUACCUACUUGUGUCCACUCUUAACAAGUCAUAUUUUCUCAUUUUCUUUGUCUCAGUUGGCUUGUGAUAAUAAUUUUACCCAAGAUUUUGAUAACCAUGUCCUUUUAAGAAACUGUUUGCAAUAUUUUCAUCAUCAAAAAUUAUAAUUAAUGAUAUUUUAGAUUGUUUGAUUUAGUCCCUUUUUUUUCUAGGAGGAUUUCAUAUUGUGUGAAGCACUUAUUGUUAUAGUGAACUUAACUGGUAUGCAAUGUUUAUUAAUAAGUUUACAAAAUUGUACUUUGAAAAGAGAUUGAUGUAAAUAAAAGUUUGGAUUUAAAUGACUUUUCAAUGUGGUGUAACAGGAAUGGUACAUUUGGUUCAGGUCUUUGAAUGAUGCACGUAGCUGGUUGAGCUAAACUCAGGGUAAUUUAGCAAAGUCUUUUGUCAUUUGCUAUGACAAAAUGGCCAAUGCUCUAUGGUGGCCAAUUCACAUCAUCAACCCUGUUGGAAUAGUAUAUUACCACAAGUUCUUUAGAAACUUAUCCCCUUCACUUGAGCUAAACUCAGUUUCCAGCCCAAGGAGUGAUUAGGAGACUAGUUGUUCAAGUAGAUAGGAUUUUAGUUAAUUGCAAGUUGCCCACUAACCCUGCCCUCCCCAUUUUGUCAACUUUUUCUGAAAGUUUUCAUAAGGCAUUAUGAUGUGAGGGUUAAGUGUCUUACCCUAGAAUACAAUACAAUGACCCUUGCUGAGCUCAGCAAACCAGGAGUAAGGCUAUUUCCAUGAGCUGUCCAGAUAAAAAAAAAUUUCUUUCUGUAUGACAUUCACAGAUGAGAAACCGAGCACUUGUUCUCUGUUUGUUGAGAAAGGAGGUUUAAAAUUGAUGGUGCAAGGCCUUAAGGUAUACAAGAACAUUCUUUUCUGGAAAAUGGCAAAUAAACUCAAACAUUAACCACUAGGAGGUAGUGUGGCUGAGUGGUUAGGGUGCUUGUAAUCUAGUAGUCCUGGGUUCAAGUCCUCUUCCCUGCCAUUUGUUGGAUUUGUUCUCAGCCACCCCAAGUUGAACUCCUCAGCUGUGCUGUGUAAGGAGCCAACUGGUCUGCCUCCUGGUAGUUGGGAGUUUCAAGCAUUGUAUGUUUUAUUUCAGUCAUUGUAAAGCGCUAUUGGAUAGUGAUAGAAAUAGCUCAACAUUGUCGACCACACAGUAUCAAAUAGGAUCAGUGCAACCAAGUUCAAUUGUUAUUAAGUAUGUUUGAGGUUUUCACAGCUCUCACUCUCACACACCCACCAUCAACAAAGGGAUGGGAUCAUGGACCGGAUCAUGGAUCACAGAUCAGGUCAUGGAUUGCAUCACGGGUUGAAAGAAAAGUUUUAAAAAGUAAAAAAUUCAAAUCAUUUAUGAAAUAAUAAUACUUAAAAUAUGAGACUAAAAAAACCUUAAAAUGUGAUAAUUGGAAUUUAAAAUGUUGCAUGACAAGCUAAAAUAAAGUCUACAUAACGGGAUGGAGCUUAAGCCCCACAGGAAGUUUAUGUCCGUGAUCCAAUCUGGUCCAAUCCAGAAUUUGUUGACGCCACCAAACACCUGCUCAAGUGCUAACCAUAUGUAUAGUGUUGCCAAAUAUAUGGUCUUAGUUCUUAAUGGUGCAGUUACAGUCAACAUUUUUAUGUUUCAUCUGAUGCAUUAUAAAAUCAACUCUAGGUGUUCAGAGAAGGAAGCCAAGAGAAAAAUUUCAUUAUCAAAAGGAGGCUUCUUAUAACACUGGUGAGCCAAAAAGAAAAGUCUAUUAAGCACAGGUCUACUACAAGGCUAAACACUCAUGCUCCAAGUUCAACACUGAUUCUAAAGUCAUGUAUAUACAGUUUCCAGAGAUAAGAUUUAAGUCAUCUGUGAUGGACAGUUAGAAAAAAAUAGAAAUGGGAAGCUCAAUAUCAUGCACCAGGAAAGAAAAGGAAAUAACAGAGCAUCUCAUAACAUUUCAUGCUUUAGUUAAUCUCACUUUAACUUAGGAACCUAAGCAAUAACAAAUGAAAACCUCACAACUUUCUGCAUGACCACUGAACCCAGGCUGCCAAUUUGACUACCUUUGACCCUUUGCCAAAAACUUUUGGCACUUCCCAUGGCUUCCAAAGGGGUUGCAACUUAGAGUAGUGCCACAAUUUUUCACAACAAUUAUGAGGCCUCACUUAAAGAUUGAGAAUCACGUGUGCCUUUGAGGUUUUUUUUUUCCCAGAUUGCAGAAGAUGUCUUAAUGAUUAUAAAAAGGAAUUAGUGAAUAGCCCAAAGCAAUUAAAUUAAUUUUGAUCCUCAUUAUUUUGUCUUUUAGAACAUUAUAGCUGAGAUUCCAAGUCUGAGGCAUUUACUCAUCACAGAUGAAUUCAUGAAUCUUUUAGGGUAAUUUUUUUUUUUGUCAAAUGGUGUUUGAAAAUAAGUAAUAGGAAUAUUGAGUUUGUUUGCAACAAAUUGAAGCAGCUCUGAAUCUACAUAUCAGGUGAUUUUUCAAAGCUUUGCAACAAGAUCAAAUUCAACAAGUGAGACUGAAAGGCACAUGAAGCUAAUUAAAAAUUAAGCUGAAUGUUUUAAAGAGCACAAGGCUGUUAUAGUAGUGCUGCUAUGUUAAAAUUUUUAAUCAAGAAAUGUUUUAACUAGGGGAAAGGUAUUAGUCAAGAGCAUUUAAUCAAAAUUGUUCUUUGAGGAAACAAAUGAAAAUGCAUUUGUUAUUAAUCCAAAAACUAAUGAUUAUUAUUAGUUAAUGAAAAACAAUCAGUCCUAUAAACCAUAUUCUAAAGUGAAGCUUAAUUCUUGUCAUGUCUAGGUCUUUCCUGGACGAUGGGCUUCUCCAGUUGUCCUAUUUUUGUGGUGGAAUUUUGUCCAAUGUUAUACUGGAGUGGUCUGAUGAUAGAGAGCUACUUUUGCACAGCAAACAGUAUUUACUUCGUAGGCUGGUAGAUAUUAGCAGUUUUACAUCAGGGCAAAUAAUAAUAGGCUUUGAAUACCCUUCUGUAACAAAUUCAUCUUUGGGUUGACAUUUUUUUAUGGGUUUUUUUCUAAAUAUAAGGCAAAGUUAAGCAAAUUUUAUAAUGACAGUUACUUUGAAAGUCAGAAAAUUAUAACUUCAGUCCCAUGUACAAGUAAAUCUGGAUGUCAUUUUUAGAGAGGAAAUUUUGUACAUUUUGUUGUUAUAUAAACAGUUUCAAAAUUGUGAGUCCAUUUAAGUGACUUCACUUCUUGAGCAGGAACUAGAAUGGAGCAAGUGAAAUUAGGGAGAUGCAGGUGGGGACAUGAUCUAAAAACAAGACUCCAGGUGUAAAUUUUUUGCACUCAAAUAUCUCAGGUUUAAAAAUUUGCCCCCACCCCUCACCUCUAUUAACCCUCAACACCCUAACAUCAUUAUGCAUAUUCUCCAUACUGUUCUCCAUAAAUUUCCCAAGAUGCUGGAAGGAGAACUUGUUUAACAAUCAAGAGCCUCUUUAAUUGGUGACCAGUUCCUUUAUUCUCAUGACCUUAAUGUGAUUGGGAGGUAAUAUUGUAAGGAGAAAUGUUGCAUUUUCUCUUUAUCAGGAACAAGCUGUGAACCGAUGGGAAUUUCCUGCAGACCAGUUUGUUACUUAUAAGUUUGUAUAUCUUUUUGCAAAGUUAUCUUUAUCAAGUACUGGUUAUUUUUUUUAUCUUUUCAUGAAUAGAACAAAGACAAAAAAAAUUGUACAAGCCAUAGGGCAAGUGCAGUUUGUAGUCUUCAAAAAAAUUUCAAGUGCUUAUUUAAACUAAACUGCAUGAGAAAUCUUGUUGUUACCUAUUAAUAAUUUACGAGAAAAAAAAAAGCAUCACAGAAGGUCCAGUUGGGUGAAAAUUUGACAGUGCACAUGCUAUUUUUAAUUUGCACUCAUGACAUGAAAAAUGCACCUGUUUUCAGCCAAUUAGACAUGCAUAAUUUUUUAUGUAUCUUAUAGCAGAUCAAAAAUUGAUUCUUACAGUCUCCUGUGAAGCACUAGUUCGAACACUGUUGAAGUUUGUAUACAAUAAUGUUAAAAUUGUAACCCUUUUCCCUUUUUUCUGUUAGGUCAUUCAGAUCUUUUGUCCCUCUCCUCCAGUGUGCUAUGCCUGCUGUGCAGAUGUGGGCUUUGUGGGGAAUCAUAAAUGUCUGCACCAGUGACAGUAAGCACCUCUUGAUCUCAAAUGUUUGAACAGUGCCUUGGCUAAUUAAAAACUCAGACAGGAUGAUGCAUUUGAUUUUUGUAAGGCUGAGCUUAGAUAGAAACCUCUAUUUGACCCCAUUGAUGUUGCUGACAUAAAUUCCAACCCCCGUGCAUUCCUUUCUGUGCAGGGAAGGCAGGGUAUCUUGAAGUUUGCUCGAUUGCUCUUGUAGUACAUAGCAAGCAAAUUUAGCAAUGAUCAUCUUAAAAUUCUAGCCUGAUGUACACUCAAGAUUUAGGAGCUGGUCUUGUUUAUGGUAGACAACUGUCUCUAUUUAUUGAAUUUGGGACUCAAACUUGCGCACCUUUCUCAUAUGAACAUGGAAAAGUUUAACCCUUUGACCUGCAGUUUCUCCCCACAAUAGCAAAAUUUUUCAAGAUUUGUAAGCUGUGUUGUAGUCCCAUUAUUAAGAUUACUUACUCAUGGUAAUGUGAUGAUCAGGAGCUAAAUUAACAGACAAGCGACUCACCACAAAACUUAUCUUUUUUUGCAGUGCAACGUUAUGCCCCUCUGCUUAUAGAUGUUGGAAUCCGGGAUAUUGUUCGAAGAGUAUUAACAACAUCACACAAUGGAGUCAGAGAGCUGGCACAGAAGCUUUCAGAUACUGUGGCUAAUUUUUAGCCAAGUUAGAAAAAUAUUAACUCCUAACUCUUUUGAAGAGACUCUCAAUGACAACCUAAUACUAGUUAUAGUUCUCACUAGAGCUGCCCCCGCCCUACAGUACCAUUUUCUUUUUUUUUUUUUUUGAGUUGGGCUUGUUGUUUACAGUUGUGUAAUUUUUCUGUUAUGCUGUUACGGAAUUGCGAAUACUACAAGUACUCAAAAUACUACAAGUGUACAAAAUGUAGUAUUGGGAAGUGCUUGGGGUUUUUUUUUUUUUUUUUGCUGUGUGGUUUAACUUAGGAUUUGUUUGUUCUUCACGAUCAAGAAGAAGCAGAAUGUAGGGACUUGGUUGAGUUUUAACAUUGGAAUGUUAUAGGUGGCAUUGGAGAACAAUUUAUAGACAGCAUUGAAGAACAAUUUAUUAUUAUAUAGUUAUUAGACACAAAAUUAUACCUUAAGAGGGCCUACAUUCUCUCUUCAGUCUUCCUCUAUACUAGGAAAAAUCUCGUGUCAAAGACGCCGAUCCUAAAAGUCCUCGUGCGCGUGUCUUUUUACUGGCAGCCCAUGACCAUUUGCGGGAAAAACGUUGAUACCUUGCGGCCAUGCAAGCGAUCAAAUCGAGAUUUUUUCUGGUUAUGAUCUACCGAAAAUACCCACAUUCUCUCUUCUCCAGUCUUCCUCUAUAUUACAUGGGGAGUCCUAAGGUGCCUCCUCGGGUUUUUGGCCCUCUGGGGCCAAAAACCCUGUGGGGGCAAAUAUUUGACUAGGAUUAAGUUUACUUUUUGAAGCUUAAAAAGCAGUACUGUCAAUACAAUAUUCUUUUCAAAUGCCUUUAGCAGGUCUUUGUGAAAUUUUACAGGUAGGAUGAUUAAAUGAGGAAUAAAUAAUUUCAGGGUGCUGUCCUUGGUUACAGUUUUGUUUUAUUUGUUAUAUUCAAACCAAGCUUUUGGUGAUCU